AUGUUGCUGCUGGUCCUGAUCGCUGCGUCUUGUACCCGGGUAACACUGAGCCAGAAUGACUAUGAUUACGAUUUAUCUGUUCUAGAGCAGGACCUGCUUCAGGAUGAAGUGUUUUCUGAACUGGAUCCGCACACUGCUCCAGUCAGGCUCCCGCGCCAGGUGAGACUGAUCACUAGGCCGCACAUCCAUGAGCUCACGAUCUCCACCACCAUCAUGUCGCGCUACGCCUUCACCGCCGUGUCCUGCACCAUUUGGAACAGACAGAGUGCCGCUGCUGAGGGGGUUUUUCAGUUUCACAUCCCAGCAGCCGCCUACGUCUCCAACUUCACAAUGAUUGUGGGAGGUAAAGUCUUCCCCAGUCAGAUAAAAGCAAAGGAGAAGAAACUAAAGAAGGAUGGAGGGGACAAUGGUAAACCAAAGAUCAAGGAUCACACACAGGGCAGCGAGGGCGAGAUGGAGCUGUUCCGCAUGGUUGUCACCAUCCCCGGGCAGAAUCGCGCCGUGUUCCUGCUGAUGUAUGAGGAGCUGCUGCAGAGGCGGCUGGGUUAUUACGAGCACGUGACCAGCGUUCGGCCCAUGCAGCUGGUCAGAAGUCUCAGAGUGACCGUCACCAUCGUGGAACAUUCGCGCAUCAAGAACCUCAAGGUGCUGCCACUGCGCAACAGCAAAACAGCCUCCGGCAACAACAAUACAGAAGUUAAGGUGAGCAUGCCGCCCUCCACCGUCAUCAAACAGAACGACACCUUCUGCAAGAUCACCUUCACCCCCAACAUUAUUCAUCAGGCCAAGAUCUCUAGAAAUGGCAACCUGGGGGAUUUCGUGGUACGCUAUGAUGUGGAGAGAGAGAUCGGCAUCGGGGACAUUCAGGUGCUGGAUGGACACUUCGUGCACUACUUCGCCCCCAAAGACCUUCCCGUCGUACCCAAGAACGUAGUGUUUGUGAUCGACACCAGCGCCUCCAUGCUGGGCACCAAAAUGAAACAGACUAAAGAAGCUCUGUUCACCAUACUGAGUGACCUGCGUCCGAACGACCGCUUCAACUUCAUUUCUUUCUCCAACCGAGUGAGAGUGUGGCAGCCGGGCAAGCUGGUGCCCGUCACGCCGAACAAUGUCCGUGAUGCCAAGAAGUUCAUCUAUUUGAUCGCACCCAACAGAGGCACUGAUAUCAACAAUGCCAUCCAAACGGGCUCAUCAUUACUCAGAGACUACCUGUCAACCAAUAAGGAGUCCAGUCACAAUAGCGUGUCCCUCAUCAUCUUCGUAACUGACGGACGGCCUACGGUGGGCGUGCUUCAGACUCCGAACAUCCUGGGAAACACCAAGGCAGCGGUGCAGGAGAAGUUCUGCAUCUUUACCAUAGGGAUGGGCAACGAUGUCGACUACAGGCUUUUGGAUCGCAUGGCCCUGGAGAACUGUGGUACCAUGAGGAGGAUUCCAGAAGAUGCUGAUGCUAGCAGUAUGCUAAAAGGCUUCUACGCUGAAAUCGGAACACCUCUGCUGUCAGACAUCCAGGUCGCGUAUCCAGACGACGCAGUGGAAUACGUCACACAGAGCUUCUUUCCCAACUACUUCAAUGGCUCUGAAAUCGUCGUGGCCGGAAAGCUGACCAAUCGAAGCUCUGAUUCCCUCCACGUCCAAGUAAAGGCCAGCAACAACGAACGCAACCUGGUAAUGGAGAAGGACGUUUCGCUUAAAGAACAGGAGAGUGAGACCAAGCGACGGUUAGAGGAAGCUGAAGCUGGUCCUGAUGCUGAUGGAUACGUCGAGCGUCUCUGGGGUUUUCUGAGCGUGAAGGACGGUCUGAAUGGACUAAUUCGCAGCCACACCAGUGCAGCCACAGAACUUUCGCUUUCCUACAAUUUCCUCACCCCGUUAACACAGAUGGAGGUGGAGACGCCACAGAUACUCGCAGACGGAACGGUCGCACAGGCAGAGCGCACAGAAGCGACGUCCACGGACGUAGCCCAGACCGAUUUAUCCAAUCAGCUGUCAGAGGAAGAAACCGUUGAGAAUUCACCUCAGAGCCUGCAUAGGAAGAAGAAACAACCAAAAACAGCUCCGCAAUAUGGACUUAAAGCGCCUGCCAAAAAGUCUGUGACCCUCUCCAAAACAUCUGCGGAUGGAGAUCCUCACUUCGUGGUCGACUUCCCUCUCAGCAAACUGACCGUGUGUUUCAACAUUAACGGAGAGCCAGGACACGUCCUCCGCCUGGUGACUGACAACAAACACUCUGGUGUGACAGUAAACGGGAAGCUGAUCGGUGCUCCAGCUCCUGCCGGCAGUCACAAACAGCAGCGUACAUACUUCAGCUCCAUCAUCAUCAUUGCUGAUAAGCCACGGCGCUCGUACAUUGAAGUGACCUCGCGUAAGGUCAUCAUAGACGGUCUCGACCGCCUCAUCCUGCCCUGCAGCUCCACUUUCGCCAUGGAAACUGAAAGUCUCGGUGUGGCUAUUGUUGCCAACUCCAACGUCACGGUAACCAUUCAGGGAAGCAUCCGAUUCGUCAUCCUGCUGCAUACUUACAAAAACCCCGCCCCUUACCAACGGGACCACCUGGGCUUCUACAUCGCGGAAAGCAAGGGUCUGAGCACGGACACACACGGACUGUUAGGUCAGUUUCUGUAUGAAGAGAUCAAAUUGACGCAGCUUACUGGAAACAUCACUGGUGCAACAGGAAACAACACUCAGAAUGUGCACGUUACCCAGAGUGACCCUGAACCCGGUCACAUGGCUCUGAGGGUGAAGGAUCGCAGCGUACCAGUGGUGAAGAAGAGCAGACGGAUUUACUCCGGGACACAAAUGGUUCACUGCUGGUUUGCUAAAAACAACGCUGCUAAACUCAUUGAUGGACAGUACCAGGACUACGUCGCGUCUCACAUGUUCGAUACAGAGGAUACACGCCGUGGGAAUAAUACACGCUAAUAUUUACACUGAUAUAUACACACACUCUGUCUGGAUUAACGGGUACCUACAAACAAACGAGAGCUCGCCAGAACACAAAUUUGAUCAUGAUCUUGUGUACAGUUUAUAUUUAGUGUAGUGCUCAACUGAUUGACUAGAAUUACAGAGGCGCCUCGAUUUACGAUGGGGUUGCGUUCCAAUAAAGUCAUCGUAAGGUGAUUGUAUCUCAAACAGAGGAUUUUUUUUUUUUUUUACCCCUUUUUCUCCCCUUUUUAGCGCAUCCAAUUGUUCAAUUAGCAUCGUGCUUUCUCUCUGUCUAUGCCGAACCCUGCCCUGACGGAGGUGAUUGAAGCUAACCCACAUCCCCUCCGAAACACGAGCAGCAGCCAGAUGCAUCUUUGCCACCCACACAUUGACGAGUUUGGCGCCACCUAGCGUUGCAUGCGGAGAGACACACCCUAAGGGCACCCUCUCCCAUCUCUGUGUAAGCGCCUCCAAUCAGCCGGCAGAGAACGCAAUCGCAUUCUGACAGAGAGAGACCCACAUCCGGUUCUUUGUCCCACCCCCCACAUGAGCAACCGGCCAAUCGUUGCUCAUAUAGCCACUCAGCUUCGAACCGGUAAAGCAAGGCUGGAUUCGAUACCACGCUCUCAGAAUCCAGCCCUGGUUGCAGCGCGUUUCUUUUUACCGCUGCGCCACCUGAGCGGCUUCAAACAGAGGAGUUUUAUAUUUAUAAAUUGUAUAUAGUAUAGCUCAGCCUACCUUAAACAUACUUAAAACACUUGCAUUAACCUACAGUCGAGGCAUACCAUGAACACAAAGAUUUUUUUUAUAAUAAAGUGAGAAAUAUCUCAUGUAAUUUAUUAAAUAAUGUAUUAAAAGUUAGUAACAAAGCAGGAGACCUAGCGCUGUCAUCUAGACAUGACAGAUAAGGGCGCAUUCACAUGAGAAGCGGCAAAACCAUGAGUCUCUGCGCAAAUCAGCGCUUGGUUCAGCGCUCGGCUUGAGUAAAACGUCAUCAAAGUGUGAAUAUGAGAUGAAUCUGCAUUUGUGUGGAAUAAGCGUCAGAUCCAGUGUUACAGAUCCACAUGUAUCUGUGUUUAUCUGGAUUUUCCUCACUGUUUCACUUUUAAACUUGUGUAACAGCUCGAGCUUCUGAGAAAUUGUGAAAAUCAGAAUCAGCUUCUCCGAGAGUCUAAAACACUUAUCAAUAAAUAAAGUUUAACGUGGUUUAAUGUAGUAAAAGAAGGAGACAGGAGCACUAAACUUCUCUUCAUUAUUACUGCUCAUAAGUUCCUCCACUAAUCACAUUCCUCACUCGCUGUUUUAGUACAAUAAGUCACGUUAAGCGUUAUUCGUACGGCCUGAGUCACUUUUACGGCAUCGUAUCAAACAGUUCGUGUCAUUGGAGGAGCUUUGAAAAGGUCAGCGGCAAACGGUCAAAGUUCAAUCAGAUGAACUGAGGGAAGUGCAGCAGCAAACUAAACUGUACCGCCUUACUGCAUAGAAAACAACGGCACAGCCAGCACCAAGGUGGUUUUGCUACUUCUUAUGUGAAUGAGCCUUAACACACAGCAUUGAUACAAGAGGGCAUGUAAAAUGUAGCAAUACAAGUGAAUUAAUUGCUAGUGAAUGGCCUGAACAACACAAGACCGAAUCAGGUUCUAAUCCUGUCAGACCAGAACAGGAAUCUGAGGCUACAGUGGGCACAGGCUCACUAGAGAUAAGUAAAAUGUGACCUGGUUAGAUGAAUUACAAUUUCUGCUGCAGCAUGACGAUGAUUCAGUCAGACAUAGUCAUAAACAGCAUGAGAACUACUGAUUACUGAUUAGUGUCUGUGUGGUUUCAUGUAUC